UGACAUGGCAUUGCGGAGAGCUGUCACUGGCGGUGCUGACGUGGCGCUUCAGCCCGAGCCGCUGCGGGAGUGGCGCAACGUGCGGGGCAGCGGGGAAAAUGCACUGGACGCAUUUUACAAAGACCCCAAGAGGUUUGCCUACACCUUUCAGAGCCUGGUCUUCAUCUCCCGGGCCUCCCAGUACCGCCACGGCUUGCAACAACACCCCUCUGCUCUGCGCCUCUGCGAGCGCUCCCUCUUCUGUGAUCGCCUCGUGUUUGCACCAGCAGCAGUGGCGGGGGGGCUGUUUACACCGCUAGAGGAGGCGCUCUACGAUUCCUGGGUCGAUGCCGUGCUGCCCAUGCUCCCAGGCGUGGUACCCGAUGCCUUCAUCUACCUGAGAGCCGAUCCCUCUGUCUGCCUGCAGCGCCUGCAGCAACGCUCUCGCUCAGAAGAGACCUCCGUUGACUUGCCGUACCUGCAACGCCUGCACGAGUUGUACGACCGCUGGUUCCUGGAAGGUUCUCACCGGACAGAUCCGGAACAUGCGGCAGCCCCUUCCUUCCGUGCCACUUUGGACGGAGCCUUGACACACAGUGCACUCGAUGGCGUGCCGGUGCUGGUGGUGGAUUGUAACCAACACAUGCAGCAGUGCGAUGGUGAUAUUGUGGAGCCCCGUGGAGACAUGGGUGAAGGAGGGGAAAGGUUGGGGAAAGGGGCAAUCAUGGGUUCGGGGUCGGGGGUAGCAGAGGCGUUGCUAGGAGCGAAGAUGGGCCGCGCGAAGCGGCUGAAGCCGCGCAUGUGGAAUAACGCACCUAUUUCUCAAGUGUUGCGCAUCCCCCCCACUCCGUCCCCCCUUUCCCCUGCGCCAGAUGGGGCGCGCGAAGCGUUUGAAGCCGCGCAUGUGGAAGAGCGCGUUCGACGCGGAGGGGCGUCUGGUGCGCAUGCCUCAAGUGCUGAAAGCGAUUCUCGAAGGGGUGAGUUUAAGGCAGUGGACACGUCCAUACGCGGCGAGGGAGUGGACAAGUCGAUACGGGGCGAGGUGUGGGAGUUCCUGCUCGGCUGCUUCUCCCUCGAGUCUACUGCGGAGGAGAGGAACUACGUGCGCGAGGCCAGGAGAGAGCGUUACCAGCAGCUGCUGCUGCAGUGCCAGCAGAUGCACAUCAACGUGGGCUCGGGUCACCAUGCCUGUCUUUCCUUUCUCCCCUCACACCCUCUUCCCCCUCUCCCUCGCACCCCCUUUCCUGCCCUAACGCCCCGAACCAACUCCUCCCCCCCUACUCCCCCCCUUUUCUCCCCCUCCCCCUCCUGUCCCCUCGAUCCCUGCUUGCAGAGAGCGUUACCAGCAGCUGCUGCUGCAGUGCCAGCAGAUGCACAGCAACGAACUACCCCCGGAAGCAGCACCGCCAACAUCCCGUCCCCAGCCACCACGUCUCCUAGCGGAGAAGCAGGGGGGAGCGGGGGGGGAGGAAGAGCGGGGGGCGGGAGCAGCAGCAGGAGCAACACUCCCCCCGAUCGAAGCGUGCUAGGGGGGGCAGGGGCUAGAAGCUCAGCCAGUGGGGGAAGCAGCGACUUGCGAUAUCCCCCUUCUAGACAGUACUCUGAGAGGGGAUCUGCUGGGAGUUCCACUCAGCUUAGACUGGAUCAGCUUAUAGAGGAGGGUGGGCCUCGACUGAGCUCCUUCUCGUCGUUUUCUUUCAGUUGCGAUGUUGAUGUGUUCGAUUUGGAUGACCCGAGGGGGUUGUUUGUUCGGCCGGGAGGGGAGGAGGAGGACGAGGAGGAUUUGGAGGAGGAGUGGGAGGGUGAGGGGCAGGAGGGGAUGAGGGAUACGGACGAGGAGGAAGAGGAGGAGGAGGGUGGGGAAGGGGGAGGGGAAGGGGGGAGAGAAGGGGAGAAGGGGAGGCAGGGCGGCGGAGGAGGGGUUGGGGGAGGGAAGGGGGAGAGAGGGGGGAAAGGGGAGGGUGCGGAGGGGGACAAAGGGGGCGGUGGUGGCGCAAAGGAUAGUCCUAGGGAAAAGAGGGCGGGGAAAGAGGAGGUGGGGGUGGGAAAAGGGGAACCGGCGGGCGGAAGGGAGGCAAGAGAGAGGAAGAAGGGGGAGAUGCGGCGGAGGAGUGAGGACGGGGAUAGGAAGCCUGGGGGGAGUGCUGCUGAGUCGAGUAGAGGGGGGAAAGGCGGAGGGGGAGGGGGGCAGGGGGGGGCGCAGGGGGGCGGGCAAGCGGGACCAGGGGAGGGGAUGGAGGAGAUGAGGGCAAAGUGGGCGCGGGAGAGGCAGCGGCGGGUGGAUAAUCUGGAUAAGCUCCGCGCUCAGGACGCCUUGCCAGGGGGAGGGGCCGCAGGGGGAGGCGCAGGAGGGGGGGGCGCAGGAGGCGCAGGGGUAGGGGGGGCAGGCGGAGCGAGCAGUGGGGUUGCUGGUGUGGGGGCUGGGACGCGCGCAAUGGGGAAAGCUGAGGCUGGCGCGCCAGGCAUUGCUGCUAGCGCGGGAGAAGGGCCUGGGGGAGAGGAUGCGGAUGGGGCAGCAGCAGGGGGACUAGCAGCAGCGGCUGUAGCAGCCGCAGCAGCAGCAGCAGGGGGUGGGGGAGGAGCAGGGGCAGGGGGGGGAGCAAGGGCAGGGGCGCAUGGGGAAGAGGAUGCGCCUACAGGGGCACAAGGCGCGCGUUCAGGGGCAGGGGGGCAGGAAACGGGGAGGAGGCCGGGGGAAGGGGGGGAGAGGGGGGAGGAUCAGAGUGGAGAGGGCGUGCGGAACAGGAGGAGGGCGGAGAACCGGAGCUUCUCUCGAUCUAUGAGCGCCCAGCCUGAGAGGAUAGGGCGGAGGGAGAGACGGGAGGCGGAGGGAGAGGAGAGCGGUCAGUCAGGCAGGGGCUGGUUCGGGGAUGGGAUGAUGGAGGGGAGUAGAGAGAGUGAGGGUGGGGAAGAAGGGGGGGAGGGCAGUGGGAUGGAGGAAGGGGGGGAGCACGAGGGGGGGGAGAAGCGCAAGCAGCAGAAAGUGCGGUGGACUAGGCUGCUGCAGGGAGUGGUGAAGGAUAUAAAGAAGAAGGAAAGCAAACUUCCCACCUCGAGUUCAAUUCUGGACAGUCCCUCCGGGCCUUCUGCUUCCUCAGGCUCAUCCGGUGGUGCUUUCAGUGCUUCUGGGUUUUCCACCUCGUCCUCCCACCCAUCUGCAGGUACCGCUCUGCACCACAGGGCACCGGUUCAGGACCACUACAGGUCGUCUGAAUCCCAGAAGCAACAGUAUUCAGAUGUGCCUCUAGCAAAGAGUUUUAGUAGUAGCCUGCCGGCUGUGGGUGGGGAGGGGGAUGUGGGUUCGCCUAUGCAUGCCGCAUCUGGUGCCGACAGGUGGCACGCUGUGAGUGGCGGAGUGGGUGGUGGAGGCGGGGGGAUGGGGCAGGGAGGGGAAGGGGGAGAGGAUGAGGGGGUGGAGGAGGGGGCAGGGGAGGGCGGGUGGGAGGGCAGGGAGGGUGGGGCGGGAGGGGCGACGGAUGGGGGAGCGGGGGGGAGGAGGCUGGGGAAGGAGGGGCGGCCGCCAGCGGGGGAGUUGGGGGGAGUGGGGGCGGCGCAGGGGGCGCACAAGGGAGGGGGAGAAGGGGGAGCGGGCGCAGCGUGGGUGAGGGGGAUGAAGAAGGCGCAUAAGAAGCUGAUAGGAUACCUUGGCGCAUCAGACAGCUUCGGGGGGAGGGAAGGGGGUGGGGCGGGGGGAGGAGUGGGCGUGGGGACAGGAGGAGGGGGACAGGGAGACGGAGGAGGAGGGGGAGUGCUGGGCGGGGGAAAGGUUGCGGGGAAGCUAGGGGGAGAGGGGCAUGAAGGGGGAGCGCUGGGCGGCGGAGGGGGAGGAGGGGGGGUGGGCGGAGGAGGGGGAGGAGCAGGGGGAGGGAGGGCGGGCGCAAGGAGACGGCUCCGGAAGGUGCUGAGUGCGGAUUGGGGGAGCACGUCAUUGGACGAGCUGCUGGGCGGCAAGGGCUUGGCUGCUAGCGCGAGCACCAACCUUUCGUCAUCGUCUAGCCAACCAACCCGUCCGUCCACUGCUGCUGGCAGCACUGCUGGCAACGCUGGUGGCAAUGCUGCUGGCAACGCUGCUGGUCUAGCUAGCUCUGGUACUCCUAUCCCUGGCCACCUUUCCACUCACUCCCACUCCUCCACCCCUCCCCGGUCCACUUCCUCUGCUGCAGCCUCCCCGUCCCCCUCCUCCGCGCUCCUCCCGCCCUCCUCCUCCUCCAUCCUCUCCCACCGCCCUGACAGUGCCGGCUCCUCCUCCUCCUCGCGCCGCUCCCGCAGUGCUGGCAUGACCCUGGUUGACUUUGCAGGAAUCACUGCGCCUUCGCCUGAGCCUGUAGCGGGGGCUGUAGCGGGGCCGGUGGCAGGGGCUUUAGCGGGGCCUGUAGCGGGGUCUAUGGAGGGGGGAGAGGUGUGGGGGAUGGUGCGGAGUGGUAGCCAGGGGUUGGGGCAGCAUGGGCGGGAGAGUGCGCUGGGGAGCAGGGAGCGGAUGAGCUUUGGGGGAGGUGGGGAUAUUGUGGAUGGGCGGGAGAGAGACAAGGGGAGGGAGGGAGAGGGGGAGCGGGAGGGGGAGAGGGAAGGAAAGGAUGAGCGUGAUGUGUGGGAAGCGCUGCAGGCACGCAGUUCAUUGAGUGAUGGUACUGCUGCCAGUGGUGCUGCUGGUGGUGAUGGCCCUGCUGCUGCUGGUGCUGUUAGUGUUGGUGUUAGUGAUGUUGACGAUUUUACUGCUGGUGCUGCUGGUGGUGAGCGUGAGAGCGCGGAAGAUGCUGAUCCUGCUCCUAUAGCUGCAGGGUGCGCCAUUGGCUGCAGUGUGGGGGGAAGGGGGGCUCCAGGGGAGGCGUCACUGCGUGUGUGGUACAGUGGGGGGGAGGGGAGGGUGGAGGGUAGGGGAGCGGAACGGGCAGCUGAUGGGGCAGGUAGGCUGGAAGGGGUUCGAGAAGGGAGGGUGGGGGAGGAUAGAGGAGCAGGGGCAGUAGUGGGGCCGUCACCGCUACCAGCAACGGCUGCUGUUGCUGAUGCUGCUGCUGGCGCAGGUGUUUUAGGAGGGGUAGGAGCAGCAGGAACAGCAGAGCGAGUGGGGAUCGAUGCUAGAGGCGCAGUGGGGGGAACCGAGCAGGAGCAAUCACUAGAAGAGGUUGAGGGACCGAGCACACCCAAAGGAAUGGGGGAGGGCAGGGCAAGGCAGGGCAGGAAUGAGCAAGGAGCAGGAGCAGCAGGAGCAGGAGGAGCAGGAGGAGCAGGAGGGGGAGGAGGAGAAGGAGGGGCAGGUAUAGGCGUGGAGGAGAGUGUUCUAGAGGGCAUUCACACGAGUGCAAGCACGGGAGGGGGCAGCCAAGCAGCAGAGCAGAGGCAGAGCAUUCUGCAGGCUUACAUGCAGAGGAAAAGCUUCAAUGGAAAGAAUCCUACAGCUGAGCAGGUGUGGGCUUGGAUUCUAGGCCAUGAUGAUGAUGAGGAGGGGGAGGGGGGGGUGGAUGGGAGAGGAGAGGGAGGAGCGGAGGCGAGGGGAGGCGCAGGUGGUGGGAGUGAGAAGGGGAGCAGAGGGAGCAGGGGGAGCAGGGGGAGUAGGGGGAGCAGCGGAGGGGUGGAGAGGGAUGGGGGGGAGGGUGGAGGGGGGGGGGCGGGGAGGGGAGAGGGAGGAGAGGGAGGAGAUGGGGUGGAGGAGAGUGGGAAGGAGGAGGAGGGCAAGGGGGCCGAGGGGGGCGAAGGGGGAGAGGAGGAAGGAGGGCAGAAGGCGCAGUUGACGGUUGAUCCAGUGGUGGCGGCUCGGCUGGGCGUCACAGUGGAGCGUGUUGCAGACUGGCUGUGGACGCUGCACAAGAUAUCUGUCGAUGUGGAGCGCACAGACACGCACAUGGCGUUCUACCAGGCGGAGAGGAACCGCGCCACCAUGUGUGACAUCCUGGCCGUGCACGCCUGGAUCGACCCGGCUACUGGCUUCUGCCAAGGCAUGUGCGACAUCCUGUCCCCCUUCAUCAUGCUAUACGCCCAUCCUGCCGACGCCUUCUGGUGCUUCGAGUGCCUCUUCUCCCGCAUUCGGCACAACUUUGUGUUAGAAGGCCCGGUGGGCAUCCUGCGGCAGCUAGCGGUGCUGCGGGACGUGGUGGCGCUGGUGGACCCCGAGCUGGCCUCGCACCUGGAGGAGCUGGGCGCCGACAACUUCAUGUUCGCCUUCCGCAUGCUGCUCGUGCUGUUCCGGAGGGAGCUGCCCCUGGUUGACGUGAUCGUCAUGUGGGAGGUGCGUGAAACUGGGCGCCGACAACUUCAUGUUCGCCUUCCGCAUGCUUCCCCUUCCCCCGUUCCCCACUGCUCCCCAUCCUCUGUUUCCCCCUUCCCCCUUAACCCCUUCCCCCAUUCCCCACUGUGCCCUCCCCCUUCCCCCUUCCCCCAUUCCCCCAUUCCCCACUGUGCCCUCCCCCUUCCCCCUUCCCCCAUUCCCCCAUUCCCCACUGUGCCCUCCCCCUUCCCCCUUCCCCCAUUCCCCACUGUGCCCCCCCCCUUCCCCCUUCCCCCAUCAUUCCCCACUGUUUCCCAUCCUCUGUUUCCCCAGAUGAUGUGGGCGGCGGAUUUUGACUCGCGAAUGGCCUCAGUUCUCCUGCACCACCCCCCGGAGGGCCUCAACCUCGUCGCUGAGCCGCACACCUGGUCCACCGGCCCCCUCCCCCCCCUCGACUCCCCUACCAACGACGCCGCCACCACCCCCGUACCGUUCUCCACCGCUUCCAACCAAGGCUCGGGGUCGUCUCUAGGGGGGUUCGACGUGAUGGGGCUGGGCGGGGGGAGGAGAGGGGGGAUAUGGCGGUCCGGGCAGCUGACGGCACAGGAUGUGGAGGGAGGGGCGAGUUUGAUGUCUCAGUGGGGAGAGGCGCGGGUGGGAGAUGAGGAUUUGGCGGUGUUCUGUGUGGCGGCCAUUCUGAGGGUCAACCGGAAGAGACUGCUGCUUGUGGAAGAUAAAGCCAUCAAGGUGGGUCUUGGCUCUUGUCUGCUCCUCCUCCCCCUGCUUCCAUCUGCUCCUCCAUCGGCUCUUGUCUUGUCUCGUCUUGUGCCCGCUCCCUCACUCGGUGCAUGGGGGAUAUGGCGGCUCCACGUGGCAUCAGGGCUCGAUAGCAUCUCCUAG